AUGGUCAACUUCGAGAUCAAAAGGAACAUUGUACUCUUGUUAACGAAAAAGGUAACAAGAAAAAAAAUGAAGCACUUUGUGCUAGUGCAUGGGCUUGGGCAUGGAGCUUGGUGUUGCUACAAGCUAGUCCUUCUACUGAGGCGGGCGGGCCACCGCGUCACAGCGGUAGACCUUGACGGGGGAUGUGGGGGUGAUGCAUCCAUUGAUGACUACGUGAAGCCGUUGAUGGAUUUAAUGAGGUCCAUUGAUGUUGAUGAUGAUGAUGAAAAGGUUAUUCUUGUUGGUCAUAGUUUUGGUGGCAUACCUAUAUCUAUUGCUAUGGAAAGGUUUCCAGAGAAGAUUUCUGUUGCUGUUUUUGUUUCUGCUUAUAUGCCUAAUUGCUCCUCUCUUCCACUCACUCUCGUUCAAGAGACUUUCAGGAGAAUACCUUUGGAGGGUCUUUUAGACACGAGCUUCAGAUUCGAUAACGGCCCAGAAAAUUUAGCCACUCACGUAAUAUUUGGUCCAGAGAUGUUGGGUAGAAAACUCUACCAAAAUUGCCAGCCUGAGGAUUUAGAGAUGGCCAAGAUGUUGGUUAAGCCAGAUGGUUUAUUUUGCGAGGACUUAGCAAAGGAUUCUUUAUUUACGGAAGAAAGAUUUGGAGCAGUGAAACGAGUCUUUGUGAUGUGUGAAGAAGAUGAGCUUAUGAAGCCUGAUUUCCAAAAAUGGAUAAUUGAAACAAAUCCACCCCACCAAGUGAAAUCCAUACCAAAAGCUGACCAUAUGGUGAUGAUAUCCAAGCCUCGAGAACUGAGCCUAUCUUUGCUGGAAAUAUCAAACCAAUAAUUUCAACAUCAAUUUCUAAAGUGACUGAGCAAAUUGAAGGCAGAUUGUUUAUAUAUAUGUCCGAUUAACAAGGGUUACUAGUGUUGAAUCAUAAUUCAGCCCUUAAAGCUUUGCAUCUAUAGUGUCCUGGAACACAAGCGUGAGAUUUGUAGUAGUUCAGAACUUAAGAUUAUAAACCCAAUAUAGUGUUCGAACACGUACGGAGCUCAGUUCUUGGGAUAGUUGUUGAUCUUAUCCUUAAUCUAAUUAAGCUGCUAUAAGAUUGCUUGCUGAA